AUGUUUGGAAAUAAAGCAGACAAGCUACAAGACUCCUUAAUACAGCUUAGAAUAGCAGCAAAGCAAGUGACACGGUUUUCUGAAAAAGCAGCCAAAGAGUGCGAAAUACAAAAGCAGAAGCUAAAAAAGGCUUUGACGUCUGGUAACGUCGAGUGUGGCCGGAUAUAUGCUGAGAAUGCGAUAAGAAAGCAGAAAGAAUCCAUCAACUAUCUUCGCAUGGCGUCUCGAUUUGAUGCUGUUCAGUCACGAGUGCAGACUGCUCUGACAAUGAAUCAGGUUGUUAAAAAUAUUGGUUCUGUAUCAAAUGAGCUUGAAAAGGCAAUGCGCACUAUGGAUUUGGAGAAGCUGGAAAAGAUAAUGGGUAAAUUCGAGUCUCAGUUCGAAGAUCUUGAUGUUCGUUCUGCCACAAUGGAAAACUCAAUGAAGAACACUUUCACACUCUCGUCACCUGAACAGGAAGUUAAUGCUUUGAUAAAACAGCAUGAUUUUUCAAUUUUAUCAAAAGAUUUAAACGUGGUUAAGUAA